UCGAGGCAGAAUGCGGGCGCUGUUCGUGGUGCUGAAACCGCUGUGUUUCCUCGCGCUGCUCGACUACUGCCCAUCCGCGACCAUCAGGCCAAAGGAAGGUUGGCAGGUUUACAGCUCAGCGCAGGAUGCUGACGGUCGCUGCAUCUGUACAGUGGUGGCACCAGAACAAAAUCUGUGCUCCAGAGAUGCCAGGAGCAGACAGCUCCGCCAGUUGCUUGAGAAGAUUCAGAACAUGUCGCAAUCAAUAGAAGUUCUGAACCUUCGCACCCAAAGGGACUUCCAGUAUGUUAUGAAAAUGGAGAGCCAGAUGAAAGGACUCCGAUCAAAGUUCAGACAAAUCGAGUCAAACAGAAGAACAUUAUUGACUAAAAACUUUCAGCAGCUAAAGGGGAAGAUGGAUGAAUUGCAGCCACUGAUCCCAGUGCUGGAGCAGUAUAAGACUGACACCACGCUUAUUUCCCAGUUCAAGGGGGAGAUCAGGAACCUGUCUCUAGUGCUGACUGCUAUCCAGGAGGAGAUAGGAGCAUUUGACUAUGAAGAACUGCAGCAGAGAGUUCUCGGCUUAGAUGGGAGACUGAGGAACUGCAUGAACAAACUCACCUGUGGUAAGCUGAUGAAAAUCACUGGGCCCAUCACUGUAAAGACAUCAGGAACAAGGUUUGGAGCGUGGAUGACAGACCCUCAGGCUUCACCGAAGAACAACAAGGUUUGGUAUAUGGACAGCUAUACAAACAACAAGAUUGUCCGUGAGUACAAAUCAAUAAGUGACUUUGUUGCUGGAGUCGAGUCAAGAACCUACAACCUUCCGUUCCACUGGGCGGGCACAAACCAUGUGGUUUACAAUGACUCCCUAUACUACAACAAGUACCAGAGCAACAUUAUCGUCAGAUACAGCUUUGAAAGUGGCCGGGUCACAACCCAACGAGCACUUGAGACUGCUGGAUUCCACAACGUCUACCCCUACACCUGGGGUGGAUUUUCCGACAUUGACCUGAUGGCUGAUGAGCUUGGCCUGUGGGCUAUAUAUGCCACCAAUCAAAAUGCAGGGAAUAUAGUGAUCAGUCAGCUAGAUCCCCUGACCAUCCAGAUCCUGAACUCUUGGAACACGGAAUACUCCAAACGGAAUGCAGGCGAGUCCUUCAUGAUCUGCGGUACGCUGUACAUCACCAACUCCCAUCUGACCGGGGCUAAGGUCUACUACUCUUAUUCCACCAAAACUUCUACCUAUGAGUAUAUAGACAUCCCCAUCCAUAACCAGUACUUUCAUAUGUCCAUGCUGGAUUACAACGCCAGGGAUCAUGCACUUUAUGGCUGGAACAAUGGCCACCAGGUACUGUUCAACGUCACACUGUUCCACAUUAUUAAAACUGACGAUGAAUCCUAAAGUGGAUGAGCGGCGAGGUGAGAGUAGCACUUUCUGAAGAGUUUUGCUGACACUGUUCU